AUGAGUCGGGAAGAAGGCCAAGUUUUUAUAGACAGCAUGCGAGAUAUCCAAGCUCUUCAUAAUAAGUUUUCGAAUGUUUUAGAUGAAAUCAAAGAUAUCAACAGCAAAGUUAACUUUUUUUUUGAGGAUGGAGAAGAAGAGGAAGAAGAAGCUGACCCAUUAUUCCAAUCACAAAUAACUAGAGAACAGGAGAUAAGGCUACUUUAUAGAGAAAUUCAGCAAAUUCAACAUGAUGUAAAAUCUUUAAUUGAUUUAAUGGACUCUGGAAGAUCUUCAGACAGAGCACAAGCAGCAAAAGUUCGACGACAGCUUGAUGAUCUUAUGCAAAUAUUAGACGGACAGCUUUUUAGAGCUGAGCGCCUUAUGAAAUAA